GCUGAAAUCACAUCGGAUGAUGAUAGUGACACCGACUCAGAUUCGGAAUCGGACACCGCAUUCCAGGAUUGACAUUCAAUUGAUUUUAAAGUUACGCGUCAAGCUGAUGACAUACUUUUUAACGAUGAUGAAACAGCCGAACUGCGUGGUGACGCAGGAAAUUCGGAUGAUUUUCUUGACGAAGAUGAUUCUUCAUCGACCAGUUCAGAAGAUGGUGCGGUCGAGACGAGUCGGAAUUCGGACGAACAGGAUUCCAGCUUCGAUGUUAUUUCACUUCCUUCUGGUGAAGAUGAACUGGUCCCUGAAGAUCCAUGCACAAGUGUGCUGAUUACGGAAGAAAAAUUAGAAGAUGCGCCAGCAGUACCACUACCAUCAGCACUAAUUAUGGACGGACAGAGUAUCGAUUCGGACAUAAGCGAAAAGAAGGAAGGUGACGAGCGAAGCGGGGAUUUUGCGGAAAGGAAAGAUCAAAGAUUUAUAGGGCCGGAACGUAAUUACUUCUCCCUGGGUCACUGUCGGCCGAGAAACCAGCAUGUUCGUCAUUUUUUCUCUCGACAAUUUGUCAACAGAUCCAGGCCACAAUAUCAGCUUCCACCAGAUACUGCUCAAGGUAGAGAGUACCAAAGCUGUGAACAUCAGGCUUUUGAACGACGACGUGAAGAGCAGCGUAACAGAGACUGGAGUUUUGCCACGAUGCAGAACCAUCUGGAUGAGUUAGUCCCUGAAGAUCCGUGCACAAGUGUGUUGAUUACGGAAGAAAAAUUAGAAGAUGCGCCAGCAGUACCACUACCAUCAGCACUAAUUAUGGACGAACAGAGUAUCGAUUCGGGCAUAAGCGAAAAGAAGGAGGGUAACGAGCGAAGCGGGGAUUUUGCAGAAAGGAAAGAUCAAAGAUUUAUAGGGCCGGAACGUAAUUACUUCUCCCUGGGUCACUGUCGGCCGAGAAACCAGCAUGUUCGUCAUUUUUUCUCUCGACAAUUUGUCAACAGAUCCAGGCCACAAUAUCAGCUUCCACCAGAUACUGCUCAAGGUAGAGAGUACCAAAGCUGUGAACAUCAGGCUUUUGAACGACGACGGGAAGAGCAGCGUAACAGAGACUGGAGUUUUGCCACGAUGCAGAACCAUCUGGAUGACCUAUUUUGGGUUUUUCUUGAGCCAGUCUAA